UGUUGAAACUAUACCCAUGAAAAACCCAUCACAUUGAUAGCUGAUGUUGAAAUUGCUUGAGCAUCAGGAUACUCAAAGUGGAAAGGAUCACAGAUUUUUGGUAGUUUCUGGGUCUACAAGGACUUUCCAAAUCCAGGAGGAACGCCAGUGGCAACGUAGUGACUCAGCCGGGCACCAAGGAAACGGCGCCAUUAGUCUCUGGGUUUGGCACCACUUGGAAGCUUCCUCUGCUCCCCACCUGGGGUGAUGCCCUCUUCUGGGAGGCUCUCACUGCUACACACACAAUGGCUGCCAAAGCUCAGUCCGACUUUAGUUCCAGCGCUACUAGGUCUUCUCAGGACUCAGGUUAUCCAGGCGGAAGGAAGGCCGUGCCAGGGUUGCAGGCAAGUUGAUUAGAGCAUCGCCAUGAAGUUCAUCCCCUGCCUCCUGCUGGUGACCUUGUCCUGCCUGGGGACUUUGGGUCAGACCCCGAGGCAAAAGCAAGGAAGCACUGGGGAGGAAUUCCAUUUCCAGACUGGAGGGAGAGAUUCCUGCACUAUGCGCCCCAGCAGCUUGGGGCCAGAUGCUGGAGAAGUCUGGCUUCGCGUCGACUGCCACAACACAGAGCAGACAUACUGGUGUGAGUACAGGGGGCAGCCCAGUGUGUGCCAGGCUUUCGUUGCUGACCCCAAACCUUACUGGAACCAAGCCCUGCAGGAGCUGAGGCGCCUUCACCAUGCAUGCCAGGGGGCCCCGGUGCUGAGGCCAUCCGUGUGCAGGAAGGCUGGGCCCCAGGCCCACAUGCAGCAGGUGACUUCCAGCCUCAACGGCAGCCCAGUGCCCAACCAGCAGCCUGAGGCUGGGACGCCAUCUCUGAGGCCCAAGGCCACAGUGAAACUCACAGAAGCAACACAGCUGGGAAAGGACUCGAUUGAAGAGCUGGGAAAAGCCAAACCCACCACCCUACCCACAGCCAAAGCUACCGAGCCUGGACCCAGGCCUGGAGGGAAUGAGGAAGCAAAGAAGAAGGCCUGGGAACACUGUUGGAAACCCUUCCAGGCCCUGUGUGCCUUUCUCAUCAGCUUCUUCCAAGGGUGACAAGUGAAAGACGCCUACAGAGCUGACCUCUCCCUGACAGAGAACCAUCUCUUUUUGUAUUAUGCCGCUUUCAGUCCAACGUUCUCACACAGGAAGAAGGGAGUUUCUAACCGGAUGCAACUGGCCAAAUUCUUGAUCUGCAGCUUCUCUGAAGUUUGGAAAAGAAAGCU